AUGGGUUACUCAGGAAUAGAUAUUAAAGAAAUAAAUGUUAAAAGAAAGAAUAGUGUCUAUUUCGACAAUGUCGAUGUAUGUAAUAUUUUAAAAGAAAAUAAUACUUAUAAGAAAAAAAAACAUAUUUCAAUUAAUCUAAAUAGAAAAUGUGCAAGUUAUAAUAAUAUUUAUUACGUCAAUAAUGAUCCAGAAUUAGGAACAAAUAUAAACUACUAUCAAAAUAAAGACAAUAUGAAAUCAAAACAUUUUCUCAAUUCUAAUAAAAAUGUAAAUAAUUCAAAUAAAAUAAAUAUUCAUGAAGGCAAAAUAAAAAAUACACAAUCAUAUUCUUAUUAUGAGCCCUUGAGGUAUCCUGCAUUUAAAAUGUCCGACAAACUUAAAUCCGAAACAAAUGAAAUAAAAAAAGUGGACACAAAAAAAGAUGUCCAUAUGAAAGAUAAUCAACCCAAAAAUUAUAAAAUUAAUAAAAAUGAUGUUUUUGAUAAUAAUAUUAAUAAUGAUAGUAUUAAUAAUGAUAAUAUUAAUAAUGAUAAUAAUAAUAAAUGCAUGUCGAAUCGUUCAACCAGUAACAAACACAUGAAUAGAAGAAAUAUGUGCAUUUCUCAUAACAAAUUAAAUAAAAAAGAAAAAAAUAUAAACGACAAAGCAGAACAAAAUGAAAACUCUAAAGAAGAUAAUAAACAGUGUGGUAAUCAUAUUCUAAAUAAUGUUAAAAAUAUAAAAAAAUGUAACGAUAUAACACCCUUGUUAUAUGAAGACAAUAAAAAUAAUAUAAAUAUUUAUAGUAAAAAUGUUAACUCCACUAAUGUUGAGCAUGAACAUGUUCAGGAAAAACCUGCACGUGUUCAUAAAAAAAAAAGAAAAAAAAAAGAAAAUAAACUAGCUGGAAAUAAAAUAAAAAAUAAUGAUGAAAAUGAAGAAGUAGAACAAUCUAAUAUGAUAGAAAUGGGGAAAAUAAAUUAUGUAGAUGAUAAAAUAAAUGGAAAUGUUGAAGAAAAAGAAAAGAAAAAAAAUAAAGAGAAAGAUAAGGAUAAAGAAAAGGACAAAAAUAAAGAGAAAGAUAAGCAUAAGAAUAAGAAUAUUAAUAAAAAUAAUAGAAAAAAUAAGAAUAAAAAUGACGUAGUAGAAGACAAUAAAAAUAAACAUUGUUUUGAAAAAAAAGAAAAUAAUAUAAAUGAGAUACCUAAAGAGGUAGUAUAUAUUCCUAUGGAAGAACGAUUAAAAAGUAAUGUAUCUUCAAGUGAUGAAGAAAAUUUAUAUUAUGAAAAACCAUAUGAAGAAAUUGAGAAUUAUUUUGAAUUUAUUGAAAAUAAAAAUUUAAUAAAUCCAAGUGAUAUAACAAAUGAAGUAAAAUUUAUAUUACAUAUGACACUAUUAACAUUAUAUAAGGAUCAAAUUAAGCCAUCCUAUAGUAAAAUAAAGAAACGAUUAACAUGUUUUAAUGAGAAUUUGGAGAUAAAAUAUAACUUUUUAAAUAUAUAUGCUUCUUUACGUAAUGAAUAUAUAGUAGUUCGAACAAAAAGAAAUAAUAUUUUCGUUUUAUUAAGAGAAACUCCUAAAUGGUUUCUAGGAUGGGUUAAGACAAGAUGUUUUAAAAAUUCUUAUCCAAAAAAAGUAUGGAAGAAAUUAAUAGACUAUAUUUUAAAUAUGAAUAAAUCGAAUAUGAAUAAUAAUUUAUAUGUAUCUAUGUAUAUUCCUUUUAUUAAAAAUUUUUUUGAUAAAAGAUUUAUAUUUUAUUUAAAUGAAAAAAAUAAUGAGAAAAAUAAAUACUUUGAAAAAAUAUUUAAUUUUUCUUUUUUAUCGUUUGAUAUGAACAACGAACAAAAAAAAGAAAGGAACAGUUUCAAUGCAUUAUUCUAUAUAUAUAAUAUGUACUAUAAUAAUUUUUCUUAUUUCUCUCAGUGUAAUGAUUAUUAUAUAAAAAAUGUAGAAAAAAGCUUUUUGCUAUAUUAUACAAAUAUAUUUUUUAAUUGUAAUAAAAAUGAUAUGAAUAUUAAUAAUUCAAAUAUUGAUUUAUCAAAGAAGAAUUAUUUAUAUGAAGAUAAAAAUGAAAAUACCACUACUACUACUACUAAUAAUAUUGAUAAUAUUGAUAAUAAUAAUAAUAAUAAUAUUUGUAAUUAUAAUAAUGAUACGAGUCUUUACAUAGAACACUUAUCUAGUGAAAAGAAAGAAAAUAUUUUACAAAUCGAUGAAAUAAUAAAAUAUGAUACUGCAAAAAAUUUAAUAAAUGAAGAAAACAAUGUAGAUACUACCAAUGUGUUAGAUAUAUUUGAUAAUGAUAUAUAUGAAGUUGCUGAUAUUUUAAAAAAAAAAAAUUUUCCUUUUUUCAAAGAUUAUUCAUUAGGCAAAAUAGCUCAUAUAAUUCAAUUAUGUUUAUAUAAUGGUUUGUUAUUAGAAGAAAAUCAAAAAAUUAUUCCAGCAUAUUCUUCAAAGAAUAUUAUAUCAUCCAUUUUUUAUAUAAAGAAGAAGAACAAUUAUUUAUAUGAUAAUUAUUCAAACUUAAAUAAACAUAGGUAUUGUGAUGAUAAUAACAUUUCUACAUAUGGAUAUGAUUAUAAUGAAAAUACAUCUGUUAAUAUAAUGACAAAAGAGUAUGAUAAUAGGAUGGAUUCAUUUUUAAAGGUUUAUGAGAACUUUUUAAAAAAUGAUGAAGGCUUAUUUUUUUCCAAAAAAAAUAAUAAUAAGAGUGAUGUAAAUAUAAGUAUUAAUAAGUAUACAAAAGAAUUAGACAUUCCUGCUAUUACGAAUUUAGAAGAAGCCAAAUUAAAAAUAGAAUGUUUAUUAAGAAAUAGUCAUAAAAAAUGUAUAUAUUUACUUUUUUUUCGAGAAAAAUUCUUAAAAAAAUAUAAACAAAAUAUUAAUCCAUUAAUAUUUGGAUACAAUAGUUUAAUUGAAUUUCUAUUUUAUGGUUGUAGAGAAGUUUGUAAAAUAUAUAUUUUAAAUAAUAAUUUAUUAAUAGUUCAUUUAAGUUAUGAUAUAGCGAAACAUAUAAAUAAUAAUAAUAAUGAGAAAGUAAAAGUAAAAGAAAAGGAAAAUCAAAAGGAAAAUGUAAUAGAAGAAUUUUAUUAUUCAGAUUACUGUUAUAAUAAAACAGAAAAUAAUAAUAAUAAUAAGUUUCAUAAUUCUUCAUUAGAAGUAUGUACUAUUAUGAAAGAAAAUGCAAAAAAAAAAAAUUCUUUUUUUAUUACUUAUUCAUAUUGGAAAUAUAUGAGCAAAAAGGAAAAAAAAAAAAAAGAUAUAUUAGAUAGCGUAUCUUUUUUAAAUGGAAAACAAAAUUAUAUUUUUUCAGAUGAUAUAUUAAAAAUAAAGAAAUAUUCUUUUAUUCAAACAAAUCCUAUGAAACAAAGUGAGAAGAACAUUCCCUUAUAUUAUAUAAAUAUGAAAAAAAUAAAUACAGGCUUAUUUAAUAUUCCCAAUUUGGUACAACGAAAUAAUUACGAUAUUGAAUUUUUAAGUACCUGUUAA